AUGGCUAAAGCCAUUCAACCUCUUCGGAUCCGAGUCUUCGCAGCAAUAGAACGGAUUAUUUUCAGUGGCAACAGUCAAAAAAUGAGCUUCCUUUUCCAAGCGGUCGUCGAGUGCCUGACAAGCAAGGCUAGCACUGACAUCGUUAAAGUUGACAACGUGGUCAACGAUAAGAACCACCUCGAGUUUAAGGAGGACAAGGUGGGGCGCACUGCUCAAGAUGUUGCAACCGAGGUCAUCAAUACGCUGUACAGCGCAGAAAAGAAGGGCCGCGAUCUCGAGCAAGCAAUCAAUAAUAUCGUGACGGAGUACGGAUGGACUGAAAGCAUUGGGAUUGCAAUUCUGAAUGCACUAGAGAAUGCUCUCAAGAAUGGCACUGCAAUGGGACAGGUCAUGAAAGAGGCCUUUGACAAGGCGACCGAUGCAGCGAUAUCUUUCGUGAGAGAUCACCCCGUAUAUUGUACCAUUAUUGCACUUGGGAUCUUGGUCGUCCUCGCACCGUGGGUGCUUGAGGCUGUGGGAUUCGGUGAGCUAGGGCCAAUCGAAGGCUUCCGUCCCCUACCAGUUACACUUUUCACCCUGGUCACAUAUCUCAGCCUCUUCACCGCAUUGAUCUGGAUCGACCGUCGAGUUCCUGAUGUUGCAUCACGUAGCGAAUUGGAUCGUUGGGGUGUCAGUGUUGACGAGGCGUUCAAGGACCUUGAGUUUCUAACAAGGACCCACCACCCGUUCAACAGCAGAUCAAACGACGGUGUUAGAGAAUACCUGCUAGCUAGGAUUCAACAGAUCCUCUCGGAAAACGGCGUUGGUGGCUUCAACGGGAGUGAUUUGGUGCAGCUUGGGGAUCGGUAUGAUGGCACGGUGGAGCUUAUCAAUGACGGUGCGGACUCAACGAAGGGAAGCAAUGCUACAUUUUUCCAAGAUAGGCUCGGCAGUACUGUGUAUUUUGAAGGAACGAACAUCAUGGUUUACAUACACGGCGAAAGACCUGCAUCAGAGCUCUCGCCUGCUCUCGUCAAUGCCCACUAUGACAGCGUUUCCACGGCGCCUGGCGCUACUGACGACGGAGUUGGCAUUGUCUCCGUGCUUCAAAUUGUCAAAUCGUUCACUCGUUCAGAGGCGAAGGGUGGAAAAAGGCUACAGAGAGGACUUAUUGCAUUGUUUAACAAUGGAGAGGAAGAUGGCUUGCACGGUGCACAUGCAUUUGCCGCGCAUCCUCUCGGACGGCUUCCCCAUAUGCUCUUAAACCUAGAAGGCGCUGGUGCCGGUGGAAGAGCUACACUAUUUAGGUCGAAUGAUUCUGCGGUGACAAGGUUUUAUCAGAAAGGGAAAAGGCCUUUUGGCACAGCAAUGAGCAACGAUGGAUGGAAACUAGGAUUAGUUCGGUUCGUGUUCCAUCAGGAAUUGGCUUUCAACUUUGAACUUAUUGUUAGCAAAGGUUCAAUCUGGCAUAUGCUCGGGGGCUCUCUUUACACGCUACGCGCAAUGGUUGAUGAUACUAGCAGUGAAUUUGAUCAGAAUGGAGGCCCAGGAAAGGGCAAACCAGGUGUUUGGUUUGAUCUUUUUGGCCGGAAAAUGGCAGUAUUCGACCUGGAAACCUUAUUUAUCUGGACCAUAGUUCUGAUUGUCAUUCCAUCGUGUGUCGUUGCUGGGGGAAUCUAUAUGAACCGCGACAAACUUCCUACAAUUCGUGGUGUCUCCCGAUUUCCAGUCGCCCUUGUGCUCGCAAGUGGCCUUUCCAUGAUUGCUGCUUUAUUGAUCCACAAGGUCAAUCCGAUGAUUUUAUACUCAUCCUCGGACUCUGUAUGGGCAACUGUAUUGGCUGUCUGGUGGACUGUGUCGUGGUUGGUACUCCGAGGGGCGGAUGCAAUCAGACCAACCGCGCUUGCCCGAGGAUAUGCUUGUGUCGAGAUGUUCAUGUUUUGGUUCGUAGGCAUGAUUGCCGUGGCAUAUGGCAGUUCGUCUGGGGUAGGUUUGGCCAGCGGAUAUUGGGUUCCCAUUUUUUACCUGGGAGCAUUCCUGGCUUCCUGCAUCUCCCUCUAUGAAGUGAGCGUACUGCGAUGGAAAGCCGGACUGGAACCAAUCAACCGAACAGGCCACUUGUCGAUUGGUUCCACAGGAAACGCAAUCCCGUCGGGCCCCGGAUCGGGCCAGGGAGCUGCGCAUGACGGAGAUGACUCGCCUGCUACUGAAACAACCCCGCUUUUCCGGAGCACCAAUGGCACCUCUGCUCGCUUCCGGCACGUCCGCUCCAGCAUUCCGCCACCGAAAGAUGAGGACAUCUACGGGUCUGAAGAGAGCUGGAGCAAAGACCUCCCGACCUGGACCUGGAUCCCGCAAUUCCUCGCCGCGGUCCCGCUGCAAAUCAUCUUCUCCGGCCAAAUCUCUCUCCUCUUGACCGCAGCCCUAGAGCAAACCGGCUGCGACGGCGGAAACACAGCAGUGCCCUACAUGAUCAUAGCCGUCUUCGCCACCGUCCUCCUCCUCCCCAUCGCCCCCUUCCUCCACCGCGUCACCUACCACGUCACCGUCGCCCUCCUCAUCGUCCUCCUCGCAACAGGCUUCUACAACCUCACCGCCUUCCCCUUCUCCUCCAGCGCGCGAAUCAAACUCUUCUUCAAACAGUCCGUCGACCUCCGCACCGGCGAGAACCUCGUCCACGUCAUCGGCAACCCCGCCUUCGUCGAGCGCGCCAUCACAAACUUCGUCCCCAGCGCCGCCACAGGCGGCUUCCACUGCGCGCCCGAAACAGAGUACGCCCCCUACCAGACGCAGACGCGCUGCUCAUGGCGCGGGCCCGCGCCCAAUGUGGCGCCCACCGUGCCCGGCGCGGCCGGCAACGGGACGGCCGCGUGGCUGACCCACAGCGUCACGAAGCUGCGCGAUGGCGAGGCGCUGGUGUCGCUUAAGGGCGCGAAUACGCGCGCGUGUAGGCUCUUCUUUGAUAACCGCAACAUCACGGACGUGGAGGUGCGGAAUGGCCGUGGAGGGCCGGGACAGAGGGCGCCGAGGUUGGGGAACCCGAUUCCGGAGAUGGGGUCGAGGCAGGUGAGGCUGUGGAGCCGUGAGUGGGGGCGUGGGUGGGAUGUGGAGGUGGCGUGGGGUGGCGGGCUUAGGGAGGCGGGGGCGGGCGGUGAGGAGGGCGGGGAGGGCGUGGAGAAGGGUGGGAAGGGAAGGUUGGAGGGACGUAUCGUCUGUCUGUGGAGCGACGUCAACGAGAAGGGUGCUAUACCCGCUUACGAAGAGCUCAUGACGCAUCUACCGGCGUGGGCGGUGCUGACAAAAGUUGACGAUGGACUCGUCGAGGGCUGGGUGCCGUUUUCUGUCUGA